UCACAGGCGGCUGUGAGCUCCUCUUCCAAGUGGACACAUGGACACGUGCGCCUCUAAACGUGUCUGAGCGCGGGUACCCGGAGGUCUCCCGGGCUUGUGUCUGUCAUCGUGCGCCCUUGAGGCUAGCAGGGGGCAGGUGGCGGGAACCUGCGCGUCCUUCCCCCCGGGGAGGCGGGGCCCGUCGGACGCGGUCUGCCCCCUGCGCUAAGUUAUUUAGAGAUUUAGCGUCAUCCUGGCUUAGCGUCCUUGCUACACGUUCGCAGGCCCCGAAGGGGGGUCGCCUCCUGCACCCGUGACCUCCACUCUGCAAAGGAGCAGUGCUUCCGUUCGGUUCCCAGGGGCGAGCGGGAAAGAAACGCAGUGGAAGAAACGCGGAAAAGCGCGCGUGGACACUCCUUAGAGGGACGGCUGUGCUGCGCCCCGGAGCAGCCUAGUGUCAGAGCAAGGCUGCCGCUGCUCCCUGCAGGACCAUCAUCCUUUCAAAAAGAGUCGACCGGUUACCAGAUACGGUUGCCAGUUUAGAAUGGGUAAUCGAGGGUUUCCCUGGGCAGCCCUGGCUGUCCCAGAACUUGCUCUGUAGACCACGCCGGCCUCGACGUCUGCCUGCCUCUAUUUCCCGAGUGCUGGGAUCAGAGCACGGGCCACCGCUGCCUAGGAUGGGUGACGUUGCUGAGCCGUCUCUGACUCAGAACCACAGCAUCUUUGACUCAAGGCUACACUGUUGCUAAUCAAGAGAGGCCUCAGCUGCCAUUGUUUCAGAGCGCCGUGACAUUGCAACAUUGCCUGGCUGCCCACACAGAAAAACUUCCCUGAAAGAGCGCUUCAGAGUGCCAGCGCCCAGACAGCCGGAACUGCUGUUUUGCCAGCGGAAGCAGUACCACAGUGUAUUAAAUGCGUUCUACUUUUGCCGCCUUCUGUCACAACCCAUGUCUCCCCAGCCUGUCAGAGUCAUGCCCGUGAGACGACAGCUUGUGAGGCUAAGAGAAUGUUUGAAGGUGAGAUGGCAAGUUUAACUGCCAUCCUGAGGACAGGCACAGUGAAAGCGCCCAAGCCUCUCAAGGUUCUCGAUGCCCCAGGAGGCGGGAGCAUGCUGGUGAUGGAGCAUUUGGACAUGCACUACCUGAGCAGCUUUGCUGCCACGCUUGGGGCCCAGCUUGCAGAUCUACACCUUGAGAACAAGAAGCUUGGAGAGGGGCUCGUGAAGGAGGCCGGCACCGUGGGGAGAGGCGCCGGCCAGGCGGAGCGGCUCUUCGUGGACCAGUUUGGGUUUGAAGUAGUGACAUGCUGUGGGUACCUCCCCCAGGUAAAUGACUGGCAGAAGGACUGGGUCACAUUCUACGCCAGGCAGCGCAUCCAGCCCCAGAUAGACAUGGUGGAGGAGAAUUGUGGGGACCGGGAAGCUCUUGAACUGUGGUCUGCCCUGCAGUUGAAGAUCCCUGACCUGUUCCGCGAUCUGGAGAUUGUGCCUUCCUUGCUUCAUGGAGACCUCUGGGGAGGGAAUGUAGCAGAAGAUUCCUCUGGACCCAUCAUUUUUGACCCAGCAUCCUUCUACGGCCACUCAGAAUAUGAGCUUGCAAUAGCUGGCAUGUUUGGGGGCUUCAGCAGCUCCUUUUACUCUGCCUACCAUAGCAAAAUCCCUAAAGCCCCCGGAUUCGAGAAGCGCUUGCAGCUCUAUCAGCUGUUUCACUAUCUGAACCACUGGAAUCACUUUGGAUCUGGGUAUAGAGGAUCCUCUUUAAACAUAAUGAGGAAUCUCAGCAAGUGAGGGGGCCUCCCCCGGAGGGAGGAGUUCCUGUGAGUGCGCUGGGCCUUCUAAUGAGAUGACAGUAUAUCUAGAUGAAGUCUUAGCAUCGCAGGUCCCACUGUGAUCUGAGGGGAAUGCCUCAGGGUCAAGAGACCAGAUUCCAACUGUUUGCUCAAGGAGCUCAUGAUUCUCCACACUCCCCAUUCGCAUGAAUUCUUCCCAUUUACUCCGUGGCUGGACCUGCUUAGAAUCCCGUAAUGGUUUGUUUCUUUUUCCUUUUUUCCUCCCCUUUCCCCCUAUUCUUCUCUCAUAUUUUACAUUCUUACCAGUUUCCCCUUCCUACCCUCCCCACUAUCUUCUCCUCUCUCCCUCAGGCCCAUCCCCCCUUCACCUCCCCUCAGAAAAGAGCAGGCCUCCUAGGGACAUCAACCAAACAUGGCAUAAGAAGCUAUAAUAAGACCAGGAACAUACUUUCACAUCAAGACUGGAUGAGGCUACCCAGUAGGAGGAGAAGGUCUCACACGUAGGUGAAAGAGUCGGGACCCCCGCUCCCACUGUUAGGAUUCCCAGAAGAACACCAAAGAACUUAGCCAUAGCGUGCAUGCAGAGGACCUAGGUCAGACCCUGCAGGCUCCCUGUUCACUCUAAGCCCCUGUAUCCCUGUCAGUUGACUCGGUGGGCCAUAAGCUUUGUAAAGUAUGGCUUAUCUCAGAGGAAAGGUUAUGUGCACAUUGAAAGACUUCCUGGCUAGAUUAGGCCUCACUGGUGAUGUGAACACAGACAUAUGAAGUUCAGGUAUAGUGAGCCACACUCUGCUGCAAGGGAGAAGAAGGGUGAGAGACUGUGUUGGUACAGUGAAGGGUACCCACUGUGCUGGGAAGUGGCCACUGUACCCACUCGCCAGCUCUUCCUUGUGAAUUACCAUUUCUGAGCUGUUCACAGUGACUCUUUGUGAUGCUUAGACUUGAUCUAGACAUGGCGUCAUCUUAUUAGAAGAUUAGAAUAAUGACCAGUUCUAAAAUGGAUGACAUUCCUUUGCUUAUGUAGCACUUCUGGACCCUGCUCUAAGCUGAGUAGCUCUGGAGAUUGCCUUGUAGACUGACCAAACUACCAACCUUAAAGGUAACUUGGCUAAGUUUAGAAGCCUGGAAAUACUCCUGUUAUGCCAACUUUGUGCUCUUUUCUUCCUUCACUCCAUCUUUCUUUUUUCUUUCUUCCUUCUGUCCUUCCUUUUUCUUUUCCUUCCUUCCUUCCUUCCUUCCUUCCUUCCUUCCUUCCUUCCUUCCUUUCUUCUUUCCUUUCUUCCUUCCUUUUUUCUUCCUUUCUUUUUUGUUUUUUUAAGACAGGAUUUCUCUGUGUAGCCCUGGAUGUCCUAAACUCGCUCUGUAGACCAGGCUGGUCUUGAACUUGGAGAUCCACCUGUUUCUCUGCCUCCCAAGCACUGGGAUUAAAGGCGUGAGCCGCCACCACCCAGCUUUGUGCUGUUUUCUAAAGUUGUCAUUCCACCGAAACAUAUGAACAUUGUAUUAAUAUUUUUCUGUUUUUCAGCAUUGUAGAAAUGGGAGGUUUGAUGAAUGACACUGAUGUUGAGAAAUCUUUUUGCCUAAAAAUUUUAAUAAAAUUGCAGUUGUUUCAGUGAA